CAUGUGGGGAUUCACCGCCUGCCGUUUUGGGCUGUUGCAUGGCGCCGCCUGCCGCAGACCGAUAAGCGAUCGGUGCCACCGCCUUCCGGCAUCCGCGUCGCAACUGCCUACUUUUUCGAUCGCGACCGCUCAAAAAAAGAGCAGCGCUUGCUCUGUUUUAGGCAUCGAAAUGUGGCCAGAGCCUGGCAAUCUAACAUGACGACGGGGUCCUGUUGCCAGCUCUGACAACCAUGACGACCGCCGCUACCCAGCUUCCCCCCCGUGUUCCAACUCCUCGCCCCAAGCCGUCAUCGCGCACUUCGACUCUCCAAUCCGAAUCGACGGCACCUUCCAAACCGCAAUCUAGCCAAUUUCCGGCCUCGACGGAGAGUCUUUCACAAUCGCAUCAACUGGGAGGGCCCCGUCGUGGAGGCCGCCCGGCAUCAACCGCCGACCCUCUCUCGGACAAGGCGACCGCAUUCCUGAUACGCCGCAUCCUCUGCCCCCAGCAAGCCGACAAGGGCAGGAGCUCGCCCGACUCGAUAGAGGGCCUGUUGCCGCCCUUGACAAGCCGCAACGAUGUCGAUCUGCAGCUCUACGCUCUCAUUGCCAUCAUCUUGAAGGAGUUCGUCCAGAACUGGUACGCCAAGAUCACCCCCGACGAGGACUUUGUCGCCGAGAUUGUCCAGAUAAUCGCCCAUAUCACCCGCGCGCUCGAGCAGCGGCUGAGAAAGGUGGACUUGGAGAGCCUGCUAUUUGACGAACUGCCCGAUCUUCUCGACAAGCAUAUCACUGCCUACCGAGUGGCCCACGAUCCCAUCACCCAGCCACCAGUCAGGACGGACCCGCGCGAGAUCUAUCACUCGCUGUGCCCGCUUCCCGCUCUUUCCCCAGUUCCCCGGCCAGAGGACCCCGAAAGCGUGGGCGUGCAGGCCGAGAACGAAGCAGCCUAUCGCCAGUUGCUCGUCCACGCCUUCCUCGCCAUCCUCCUCCCCACCGAAGACCUCGAAAAUGACUGCCUGACGGCUCUGGUUGGCCAGAUAUUCUCGGAGCUAAUUAUUGGCAACACGGUAGCCAACAGACUAUCGGAGCCAUGGCUCAUCUGGGAACUCCUCAUCAUCGCGUCGAGGACGGCCGGGCGUCGGAAAACAGCCGAGGAUCAAGAUCGUCCGGGGCAAUCGGGCAACGGGUCAUCGGCUACCAAAAAGCGCUUCUCGGCCCACACCCUGUUCUGGGCUGUCCUGCAGUGGUGCUUCCUCGGCAUCUCAUUCAUCAAAACGGCCUUUGCGAUCCUGAUGACAUCUGGCUCCUUGCCUCGGCGGACCUCUCACGGUGCGAGCCCCAAGAGCGCAACCCGACACGAGACCGGCCAGGGGCACACUCAUCUCACUAGCUCCUUCGAUGCGGAUCUGCACGCACCCAAGAUGCCUUUGUUGGCCUUUCGAACCUGGUCAGCCGUCUCAAAUCUCGCCGAGAUGGACAUCCGUAUGCCCUGGCUUCGAGGCGUAUUGACGAUGUUGCAGUGGAUUGCCGUCAUGGGUCCAGGACGAAUUGCCGGCGUGGACGGCGUGCUUGAUAGCAUUUUUUUGCGGCUCUGGAAGUUGCAAGCGCAACACGGCAGUUUCACGAAGCUCGCGAUCUUGGCUGUGCGGUUCACAAUCGGACGUUUCGAGGUCCUCCACCGCUGAAAGAGGGGUCACUGGAUGCAGUGCGUCCACCAAUGCCCGACCAGGGCAAGGCCUCGGGGUAAAAGCUUGGAUGCAGUGCAACACACCUCCCACAUGUCAUGCGGCCGAAUCGGCGACCCGCAGGCAACGCUUGUUGCCGCGUCUUGUCGUUGAGAGCGUGCAUAUCAUGCCUGGGCCAAUCGCAAACCCCUA